AGGGGUGAGCGAGAAGUAUGCGAGCACUCCACUGCAGUAUUGAUGACCCAAUGAUCCCCUGCAGAACAGAGCCAGUCAGGCAGACAGAGUGAGGCUCAACUCAGAAUCAAAAUCAGAAUCAGCGCCACAACCAUUCGGUCACUGAAUCAUCUUUCCUGUUGUUAGAGGAAGACACUUACAAGCAAGAAACACACAUUUUUAUACAUCAGAAAAAAAUCCCUCUUUCCUCCCUCAGCACCAGGAAGACUGUCCACUGAAUGAGUGGUUUGUCAGAUCACCUACAUUCCAGCCAAACUGGGGCUCCAGUAGGCUGUGGUGGGACGCAAGCAGAGGAAAAAGCGUGUGUGGGGGACCUGGAGGGGCUGGCAGGGCCAGAGCUCUGGUCAAGGGAACUCGGGCUCCAGGAGGGGUCCCAGGAUCCCUCUAAAAAUGGACUGGCACCGGUGACCUCCGACCCCUUUCCCUCCUCUCCUUCAGCCCUGGCGAACGGCCUCCGUCAACAAAGAAGGCUGGGGCACAGCAACUGCCCGCGCAGGCAGACGGAGACUCACACUACCGCUGAGACACCUACAUUUGCAGAGACACUCGGGGACAUGCAAACGCACAUAGACCCAGAUGUGCACGCACAGGCUGUCUCACAAGCGCACAUGGAUAAUUGUGGACACAUGGAAAACAACCCACUUACGGGUUCUGUGGGACGGGAACGCUCCAGGACUCUCACACCAGAGGCCAUACACACAACCUCACCUCAACCCAUGUCUUUGGAACUUGGCAAUCAUCCUGCCUCCACCAAUCAGAGGGCUGCCCCCGUCCUCACUGCAGAGACAGACAACCCCUCAACCUUUUGUCCGGUCCCUAUUGGUCCAAACCCGAACACAGGCUCCUCUCCUCUUCCUGUGGAGGCAGAGAAGAAGUAUGCACUCCGCAGCUCUGGGCGGCCUCGCUUUCCGUGUCACCUCCGCAAAUCCUCCCGCCUCCGCCGAAGCUUAGAGGAUGGGGAGAAGAGAGCAGGACGGGAGAGGGGAGUAGAGGAGGAGGAUGAAGUAUUGGAGGAGAAGAUCUGGAGGGUUAAAGAGGAGGAGGUGGCUGUUGGAGAGAAAGAAGAGCAUGUGGAGGCUGUUCUCCCCAUGGCUCCCUGCCCUACAGAGAUUGCUCUUGCACUAACUGUACCCAAACCUGCAUCUAAAGCUAUACCUAAACCUGGGCCAAAACUUGGGCAUAAACCUGGACCUAAAUCCAGAUCUAGGCCUGCACCAAAAUCGGUCCAUAAAGCAGCUCCCAAAAGUGUGAAACAGCGUCAGGCAGCACGUUCUAUGGCUCACUGUGCUACCCCUCAUCUCCCAUUUGCAAACACAUCCACCAUCGCUGCACCUCUAACUGUGAAGCAGGAGCCUGUUGCAGAGUCGGGGCAAUCCCCUCUCAAAAACAAGAGACGUGGACGUUUUGUAGGUGUGAGGAAGAUUGUUGUCAAGGUGGCUCGCAUUCCUGUCAGCCUCAGCCGCCGACAGAAGAGCUACAAGAUUUCCAAUUUGGAGACAGUAACAGGGCCAGAAAAGGGCAAUGAUGGCGGCCUGGAGGGCUCAGAGGUAGUUCGAGAGCCGACGGCACUUCUUCGAAUGAAGAACAAUGGGAAGAGUGUUAUGGUGAUGUUCCCUCCUGGAGAACUACCGGUUAUUCUCAAACGCAGACGGGGACGACCACCUAAACAGGCUCUGCCCGUAAUACCGGGAGAGCUUCCGAAUGCCGUGAAUGCUGGUGGUAAUGCAGACCCGCCCAAGAAGCCCCAGAGGCGGCGUCGGGCUAAACUCCCUUGCCCCUAUCCAUCGUAUGUCAAUGAUACUAAUGAUGUGAAAACAGAGUAUGGAGAUGUUCUGUCCAAAUUGGCCUUUUUGAACCGCCAGCCCCCUGCCACUGGCCGCUGCUCUCCCCCGCGCUGCUGGACACCCAGUGAGCCUGAAAGCUUUCAUACCCCCUUGGAAAAUCCUGGGAUAUCCACCCUGCUCCACAAGCUCACUGGGUAUAGACGCCCCCGGGGGGGCAGAGGAGGGGGCACUGGAAGAGGUGGAGCAGGAGCAGGGGGGAUUGGGGGCAGUGAGCGCAAUAAGAGCACAUUCAGUGACUUCUUUGAAACCAUUGGCAAGAAGCAGAAACCGAGCCCCUUGUCUGAGCAUGGAUUACCUAAGAAAAGGGGAAAGGGUGCAGGUGGGAGGGGAGGGGGAAUCGUAGGCACUGAGUCUGGGGGAGAUAAAAUAGUCAAGAAGAGACGUGUGAGAAAAAAUGGUGCAUUUAAAGGGGUGGGGAUGUCGAUGGGGCAGGACUGGCCCAAUGGGGCAGGUGGCUGGGGGGAGGGGGGUAUGGACAAGGAGAAAGGUUUGGGUGGGUAUCAGCUCACAGGAUCUCCAAGGGGAGGCUUUUCCUCCUGUGACGUUGGAAGGGGAGGAGCUUACAGCAGUCACGGAGGUAGCAGAGGGGUGGGGCCAGCCGGGGAGGACUCACAAAGCCUGUUUGCUGGAUAUUUCCGGUCACUCCUCGACUCAGAUGAUUCCUCAGACCUGUUGGACAUCUCCUCCUCGCAGUCAGACCCCCGAAAAGCUUCAUCCACCGCUGGUUAUGAGCCAUCCAGUCCAGCUGCAAGUCACAGCUGGUCCCCUGCGUUCCCCAAGUGGAGCUCCAAGGGUGCAAGUUCUGGGGUGGAAGGUUCGUCCCAGACCCAUUGCUCCUCAGCCAGGCCUCCAUACAGCUAUGGCAGCCUGGCCCAAACAUCCCCCACCACUUCUACCUAUCCCAAAUCCACUCCUCCAUCUCUCUCACACUCUCCUAGCUCCCCCCAUCCCGCCUCUUUUGGCCACUACUCAUCUGGCUACUCCUCCUCUUCUCCUGCAGUGCCACAGAGACCCUCAGAUUGCAGCUUUGCGUAUGGAUCUGGACACAACAGUGGCAAGGCCUCCACUGUUGGUCAAAUGGGUUAUUCUAGCUACCAGGCGGCAGCCAAGCGAGGCUACAGUGGAUAUCCUGCAGCAGGUCAUCCCUCCAUGUUGCGGGGGGAGUCGGCAGGACCCACAUCACCAGGAGGAGGAUACAUGUCUGUGGCCAAAAGUAGCCCCUUCAGCUCCUCUCCAGAAGGUUUCAAACAGUACAACGCCAAUCAGUGGAGCUACAGACAAGGUUACUUGGGCUGGUCAACAGACAGUUUUGGGCCUCAGUAUCACGGCUACAGUGAGUAUGGCUCCAAUGAGUCCAAAGACAUCUUGGAUAUCUCAAACUACACCCCCCAGAAGGCCAAGCGUCAACCUUUUCCUGAAAGUCUAUCAGAAUCCUCCUCUGACUCGUCACAUCUUGGCUCUGCAGCCACUGGUAGUGGACCUAGCUCCACAUGUGGCACCUACAAACUGAAUGAGGCUACGUCUAAUAGUGGAGAGGGGGGUCAAUCAAGUCUGUCCAGCCUGGAGAAGCUGAUGAUGGACUGGCAUGAGAGUGCUUCUGGGCCCUCGUAUAACUGGAGCCAGAACGUCCUCUUCCAGGGCGCGGGAACCAGCAAACCCGGCCGGGGUCGAAGGAAACGGACUGAGCCACAAGUAGAAAAAGAAGGAGGUUCUGCUUUACACUCUGAUUCCCCAUCCAGUCCCUCCCCAACACCCACUCCUGGACCUAAGCGGGGAGGCGUUGGAGGACGGGGCAGAGGGUCUAGAGGCGGCAGAGGGGGUUUGUCUCCAUGCCAGAGAGAGCGGCCUUCAGGGGCCAAAGGCAGGGGCAAGGCUGCCUCUUCAUCUGGAGCAGCGACUGCCGGAGGUCCAGAGGGGUCCGGGCUGUUCCAGGAGGGUCUGGACUAUUACAGUGGAGACAGUAGUAGCCUCUCUCCCCUGGCCACUCCCAAUCCUGCACCACCUUCCAGCUACCUCCAGGACCCCUGUGAGUACCCCUCCCCUUAUUCUGCCCACCCCUCCACACCCUCUUCUGAGGAGCGAUAUCCAGCCUUAUACCCUGGAGAAUCCUCUUCGUCCCUCUCACCCAGUGUCUCAUCUCCCCCGUACCCUCCCAAGCCUACCCCUCCUCCCCAGUCUUAUCACCCUGUCCCCUCCAGGACAUUCUCCCCCUCCUGCUCUCCCUCGCCCCGGAUAACACCCCUCUGCGCCACGGCGCUGAGUCCCUCACAUCCCCCUCCAAAAGACCCACAGUUCUCCCAGUAUGACUCUCCCAGCUACUGCAGCUCCCCCUACUGGUACGGACAGACGUCGCACAGCGGCAGCCCCAGCCCGCACUCGCACAGCACACACUCAAACACAGCCGCGCACACACACAGCAACCCGCACACAAGCCCUCACGGAAACACACACGGAAAUCAGCUCGCAAGCCCAAACGCGAACACACACACACACAUGAUACCGACCCUCCAUGACACACACCAUCACAACGCGCAGCCCCACAGCAACACCCAUCCCACCUCACUGCUCCAGAGCAGCCCCCUCUCCCACUCAAACCCCCACACCAACAAUCAGCCCCACCACAAUACACACACCAACCCCAACUCUCACCUAGCCAGCCACACACACUCCAACCCCAGUACCAGCCUCCACUCCCACUCCACACCUGUGCUUUAUGAGGAGUGCAGCCCUCCCUCGACCUUGCCCUCCCACAAGCGGGAUCUGACCCCCCACGCUAUGAGCACAGGCCACCGCCAGGGCCCCUUGCCUAACUCCCCAUACCCCAAACCUCCCCUGGACUCCUCGCCCCAUCAGGAGGACACUGGUGGCUACUCCUUGUCCCACCAAUCCUACCAGGGCAUUGGACACCGCUACCCCUCCCAAGCGGCUCAGGGAGGCGGGGUGCUGUGCCAGCUCCUGGACACAGCCAAUGACGACAGCUUCAGCGUCACCAGCCUGUAACAGCAGGUGCACUCAAUCCAAGCUUUUACAGAUUUGCAAACGUUUUUUGUUUUCUUUUCCUUUUUUUGUUAAGGAGACUUCUUUGUGUGAGUUUGUGAAAUGAAGGGUGAGAAUUUAGCUGCCAGCUUUGGACAGUAAAGCUUUAAAUUCUCCAGCAUUGACAAUCAAGAUCAACUGCAAUUUAAACACCCAAGCAUGCACACACACACACACACACACAGAAACAGACACACACAAACACGCAUGUGCAGAUUAUUACACUACCUAUACAUGGACACAUAAAGUCAUACAUGUGAACACUCACUCCCACUCUGUGCUGGAAAGAGGGGAUGGCCACGAGGAGCUGACAGAUGAAUCCCAGACGCUGAUGGACAGAAACAAACCUAUUUCCUCACUCCUUCAAGUCCUGCUGUGAUACAUAGAGGACUCAGUUUCCCAGAAGUCUGUAUCUCGCCAAAUCUUUCUGGUCCUGUUCUGUACAUCUACAAUAUGGACAAUCACACAACUCUCUCUCUCUUUCUGUUUCUUUCACCUUUUCACUCUUAACCCUCCCAUCCUCUGCUAAACCAGCAACUAUGUUCUGCACUCGACCUUCACUAACUCUGCAUUUCUGUCUUGUGCCCAAACGUGAACGGCAUCUGAGCCCAAAUCAACUUUUUAAAUACCAUGAGCCUAGCAAAUGUCCCGCUAUGUGCACUCCUUGUGUUGUGUCCCAUAAGAGAAAAAUGGACUGAACCAGUUUCUGCUCUUGAAAUACCAGCAUCUGUACAUAUGACUCCAGCUCCAAGCCAGAGGCCCCCCUCUUCAUUUUGAGGGUCCGUCAUCAACAUGCUCUGCUCAGCGUUCUGCCAUGGUUUCCCUGCUCUUGGGGGGGGGAGAGCGGACUGCGGCAUGGAGACCCAACAUCCUGUGUUUUGCUGUUUUAACUACAAGGGAAAGAGACAUUGAAAUCACACAAUGGCCCCAAAGAGACUCUUGUUUUCUGUGUGCGAAUGUGAGACUAAGGAGGGUGUUUGCGUGACUGCAGUAAUGCAUGUACUUGUGUGUGUGUGUGUGCAUUUAUGUUUGUGUGAGUGUGUGUGCGUGCCUGUGGGGUCAAAAGGAGUGACGCUCCCCAGCACCAAAGUCUUGGCGGGGUCUCAUUCUUUCGUUCACUCUCUCCCUUUCUUUUUUCUGUGGUCUUGUGUUGUUUGGUGGUUUUUGUGAUGAAAAAAAUUGUAUAUCUGUCUGUUACAUAUCAUGUACGUAUCUGAGGUGCAAAAUAUUUAAAUACACAUU